AUGGCAUGGCAGCACGCCUGGAGCUGCUUCUCCCAUCCCCAUCCACUUGGGUCGAAUGGCACCUUCCCAUUGGUCCAUUCCCCAAGCUGCUGGAUGGCUGAACGUGAUUGGUUCGUUGAGGAUGACAUCUCCUCCUUGUUCCUAUCUUCCUGGAUCAAGUGGCUCCUUUCCCAUUGGCUCCUUCCCUCAGCUGUUGAGUGCCAUCACGUGAUUGGCCUAGAACUCCUUCGUCCUUACUCAGUAGCUGAGUGUAGCCUUCUCAUUGGUUCAGACCACUCUUAUCCUUUAAGCAGUGGUGUCAACAUCCCGUUGGUCUUGGGAUGA